AUGGAUUCAUCAGCUUCCACACUAGCUCCUGUGCAAGUCACAAGUGAACAGAUCUUGCUGGAUGCAUUUCAGAGCCGAGAUAGGCCUCUAGAGAGACCCAAACAGUCAAUCCAAGAUCUUGAAGAACUCCGAUCAUUCCAGCAGAAGAAGAGAAAAGAAUACGAACAACAGCUCAACAAAAACAGGUUAAACUUUGGACAGUUUCUACGGUACGCAAAAUGGGAAGUCAACCAUAACCACGAUUUUCCCCGGGCUCGUUCUAUUCUUGAGCGGGCUCUAGAUGUCAAUGUUCAACAUGUGCCGUUUUGGGUUCAGUAUAUACAACUCGAACUUUCGCACAAGAAUGUCAACCAUGCCUUGAAUCUUCUUGAUAGAGCUACCACUACCUUGCCACGAGUCAACAAGUUGUGGUUUCUUUACGUUCAGACGUUAGAGACGUUAAAAAACUACCAGUUAGUGAGGAAUGUAUUUGAGAGAUGGUUGAAAUGGCAUCCUGAUUCAUCAGCCUGGGAAGCAUAUGUAAAUUUUGAAAGGCGGUAUGAUGAAUACGAUAAUGUUAGAACAAUUUUCUCUCGUUAUGUUCAAGAAUAUCCUUCUGCACAAGUCUGGCUCAAAUGGAUAGAAUUCGAAAUGUUUGCUGGAAGCCUUUCCCAGAACACUGAAACUUCAGUUCAGAAUAUAAGAGUAGUUUAUGAACAGGCAGUGGAUACAAUUAUCAGCGAUAAAAGGAUCAGAGAUGACCCUGAGUUGCCAGCUAUUAUAGCCAACUGGGCAGAUUGGGAGAUUUCGGUUAAGGAGUACGAACGAGCCAGAGCCAUCUUCGUCACUUUGUUAAAUGAAAACAGCAAGAUCAAACUUCUGAAACAACAAAGACUGCAAAUCUCUUCCUCGUUUACUACUUUUGAAAAGAGACAUGGCAACAAGGAUUCGAUCGAAUCAUCUGUGCUACAGAAGCGCAAAUUAAGACAUCAAGAGAAUAUAGAGAAAAAUCCCCAAGAUAUAGAUUCGUGGUGGUCAUAUAUUCAAAUAGUACAACUGGAGAAUAAUAUCGAAGAAACAAGAAACGCCUUCAAAGGGGCAACUUUUAAUGUGCCUUCAUCCAAGACCAAGUCCAUUCAAUGGAGACGUCAUAUCAUGCUAUGGAUCAAGUAUGCGUUAUGGGAAGAGUUUGACAAUGAAGAUAUCACGUUGGCCAGAGCUGUUUGGAACGAGUGUCUAAAGGUGAUACCACACAAGAACUUCACAUUUGCCAAAGCAUGGAUCCAUUUUGCAGAAUUUGAAUUGAGAAAUAAUGAAAGUGAAGAAAGCCUACAGACGGCUCGAAAGAUUCUUGGUAGAGGGAUUGGUCAGUCUUCUGUUUCCGGACCCAAAAGGAAACUCUUCGCCUACUAUAUUAGUUUGGAAAAAAGGUUAGGCGAAUGGGAUAGAGUCAGAAUGCUCUACGAGAGGUGGUUAGAAGUAGCGACACUGACCGGUACUAGUUCCAUUCCUGUUGUUCUUGAAUACGUUGAAUUCGAAAAGUCAUUAAAUGAGAUUGACAGAAGUAUAUCUAUCUUCCAGAUUGCUUUAGAACUCUCUGAAGAUGCAAAAAUUUCGUCCAGUUUUGAACCUGUGGAGACAAUUUGGAUUUCGUUUAUCAAUUUUUAUAAAGAGGAGUUGAAGUACGACGACGCAAGAUCGUUAUAUCGCUUGUUGUUAGAGAAGAUGGACAGCACCAAGGUGUGGAUAUCACUUGCACUUUUUGAGUCUUCCAUUCCUUCAUCUCGUCAAUUGAUAGAGUAUGAAGAGAGCAACGCCGAUGAAUUCGAGUUUUCCGUAGAAGAUGAGCACAGAGAAAAUACUAGAGCUGUUUUCAAGGAAGCUGAACUACACUUCAAGAAUAUUGAUUCUAAAAACGAGAGACUUGUCAUUCUUGAAUCGUGGAAAAGCUAUGAAAAAUUGCAUGGAAAUAACGAGAGCCUAGCAGAUAUCACCAAGAAGUUGCCUACCAUUGUGAAGCGAAGAAGAACCGUUGAUGGUGUAGACGAAGAAUACUUGGACUAUAUAUUUCCUGAAGACGAGUCGAGCGCCGCUAAAGUUCCCGGAAUCAGCAAGUUCUUGGCGAAUGCAAAGAAAUGGGCUGCUCUACUGUCUCAGAAAAUGUAG